AUGAUUACGAUUGAUGUCCCAUUUCGCUAUUGUUAUAGAACCUCAACGUAUGUGUAUUCUCCGUCACUGCUCAAACCGGAGACAUUUGUUGAUGUGGUGGCUUUUCGAAGGGACGUUAUCACAACGUUGAAUUUGGGAGAAUUAGAGGCAGCUGGACGACUGCUGAGAAGAUUGAGCUUUCCGAAUCUCAAGGAACUGGUUUGGCACAAUGCAGAUAUGUCCGAGCUGGAAAGUUGGGAUGCUCCUGAACUGACUGUGCUGUCUGUGACAGCUGCCGCUUCAUCUAUGAGUGGCUUUGACGUUGUCACACGUCUACCAAAGCUGGAACAUCUCUAUACAGGACUAAAGGUCCCAGAUGAUCCGACGAGGUUUGACCUGGACGUACUGCUAAGAUCCUACCAAGCGUUUUGGAAUACGCCCGUGCUUACUACGAGAAGGGGGCAAUGGGAUGAAGAGAACGGACAUGACUAUGUCAUUUCUGCUGUGUCGAAUCUCCGCAGCGUAGCGUUUUGGAAUGCUCCUGAGAAGGUUUUUGCUCUGAUGGCAAAGAACAGUAUCACCUUCGACACGGUGCAGUUCGGCCAGUUGAACCAGGCCCUCACUCGUCUAUGCUCCCUUGACUCAAUAAUGCAGGCUCUUUUCAAAUUUAAUCAACCGAAAUAUGAAUGUUACAAGCUCAGUAUCUCCCAUCUCAAGAUGUAUUUACAUGCAAUGCCUGUUGUGUCUCUAGAUUAUUACCUACCUCAGUUGAUGAUGGGAAUCAAUGACGUGAGUUCAGCAACAAUGACAAUUAUCAAGUGUUUCGGUUUCUGA